CUCCGGUGCUGAGGCAGGAGGCAGGAGGAGGGACGGAUCUCAGCAGCAUCACCCGGUAAGGCGCUCAACAGUUUGUCAGGGCGUGCAUUUUGGGACGCUGACAUCACUGCUGAUGAAAAAAAAAUCCAACCUCUGCUGCACAGGUGGGAGUAAAUGUAGGACCUAUGAUAGUUGAACAGGGAGGCGUCUGUCACAUCACAGUGACACAUUAAUAUUAAUAGUAUCGUUUUUAUACGUGGGACCCCCUGAAGACAUAUCGCGUGACUGCCCAGUUUUGAUGCACGUUUUGACGCACGAUGGGACCAGCCUGACGUCCACGUCGUGACAAAGCUUCUCUGCCUGCCUCCAUUAAAGACAGCCCCAGUGCAUAAUGGGAGGCGUGGCAGUGGACUCCGGUCCUGGAGGGGUGAAGGCUCCAGAUGGAGGGUGGGGCUGGGCGGUGCUGUCUGGGUGUUUUGUCAUCACAGGUUUCUCCUACGCCUUCCCCAAAGCAGUCAGCGUCUUCUUCAAAGAGCUGAUCAGAGAGUUUGGGGUCGGGUACAGCGAUACGGCGUGGAUCUCCUCCAUCCUCCUCGCCAUGCUCUACGGCACAGGUCCUCUGUGCAGCGUGCUGGUGAACCGGUUCGGAUGUCGACCAGUGAUGAUGGUCGGCGGACUCUUCGCUUCUCUGGGAAUGAUCCUGGCUUCUUUCUCCACCAGCAUCAUCCACAUCUACCUCACUACAGGUGUCAUCACAGGCCUGGGUUUGGCCCUGAACUUCCAGCCUUCUCUCAUUAUGCUGAACCGUUACUUUAGUGAGAAGCGUCCUCUGGCUAACGGACUCUCAGCAGCAGGAAGUCCUGUGGCCCUGUGCUGCCUUUCACCUCUGGGACAAGUACUCCAGUACCAGUACGGCUGGAGGGGGGGCUUCCUCAUCCUGGGUGGUCUCCUGUUGAACUGUUGUGUGUGUGGAGCCCUGAUGAAACCUCUGGAACCCCCAAAGACACUCCAACUAAAGGACCAGGAGCAGGGUGAAGAUGAAACAGAGAAGAAGAAGGAGAAGCCCAAACUGCUGGACUUCUCUGUGUUUAAAGACACUGGGUUUGUCAUCUACACGGUGGCGGCGUCCAUCAUGGUGCUGGGGCUGUUUGUGCCCCCGGUGUUUGUCGUGAGCUAUGCUAAGGAGAUGGGGAAUGAAGACACCAAAUCAGCUCUGCUGCUCACCAUCCUCGGCUUCAUUGACAUUUUUGCACGGCCGACAUGUGGUGUGAUCGCCGGGCUGAAGUGGGUCCGGCCUCGAUGUGUCUACCUCUUCAGCUUUGCUUUGAUCUUCAAUGGAACCACUGACCUGAUCGGAUCACAGGCAACAGACUACACAUCGCUUGUUGUGUUCUGCAUCUUCUUCGGCAUCUCGUACGGCAUGGUGGGUGCUCUGCAGUUUGAGGUCCUCAUGACGAUUGUUGGUACUGAGAAGUUUUCCAGCGCCAUCGGCCUGGUCCUGAUGAUGGAGGCCAUCGCUGUGCUGGUGGGGCCACCUAGUGCAGGGCGGCUCCUUGACGCCACCAAGAACUACAUGUACAUCUUCCUGCUGGCAGGGAGCGAGGUGGUCCUUUCCGCCGUGGUUCUGGCUACCUGUAAUUUCCUUUUCAUCAAAAAGAAGUCUCCAACACCUGCAGACAAACUCCAGAACAUCGCAGUGACAGAAGACACCAAGACAGAGGCAUGGAGCGAACCUGCAGACACAACUGACGAAGAAGAGAAAGGAGCAAAAGAGGAGCAAGAGAAGGAGACAAAGAAGGAUGAUAGGAAGGAAAAAGAGGGGACAGACGAGGAGACAGAGGAGGUAGUCAGGCCAGAGAGUAUCACAGUGGACUCACAGGAGGUGGAAAAGUUUCUGAAAGAGACACAACAAAAUGGUCACACAGCAUCCAGUCCUGAAACGUGUCUGUGAGCACACAGGAUGAAGGACACUGGACGAGUGUAGACUUUUGUUUUUUAUCCCAACAGCAGGAUGGAGAGUGCUUCAUGGUGUUCUGAGAAGAAUCUUAUUGGGAGAUUUGUUCAUUAAUAGGUGUUUGAUGCAGACUUUGAGUCGGUAGUUUGCAGGAGGCUUAUUGGUGUCACUGUCAAAUGCAAUAGUAAGAGAGGAGUUAGCAAUAUCUUAUCACUAAAUGUUUUAAAUGUGGUGGUUAUAAGCAAAUAUAUGCAGAACAAAAUUGCUUGUGCGCAGGAACAAAGAGUUUUAUUUUGAUGUAGCCACCAGCAAAUGAUGACAAGGGAUCAUUUUGAGAAUGUUCUGCAUUUUUAGCACCAAUAAAUCCAAUGAAAGACCAAAAGGAGAGAAAGAUUGGCUUCAAGCUAACUUAUGUGCUAUUAACAUAACGUGGUUUGUAAACGCUUGAAAAACAAACAAAUAUUAAACCAUCAAUUAAUGUAUUAACUAUCAAUUUUUAAACUAUGUCUAUGUUAUGGUGUGGUUAUAGUUGAAAUAUUUUAAAAGCUGUGAUAGCAAAAGCUUUAUGUGAUGAGGUUUAGGUUAGCAAUCAUAGGUCUUUAGAGCUGAAAAUAUCCUUUGUGGAAAGAUACUAAAAGAAAGAUAGUUAGUACAUUUGCUAACAUUACAGCUAGCCAAAAAACGCUAGCUAAUGGUAUUGAUAUUUGACAUUUUCACAAGCUACUGCCAUUGCUAGCUAAUGUUUGCUAAUAUUUCAUCUAACAUCAAUGGGCUACUAGCUAACAUUGUUAAUGUUGUUGCUAGCUUACAUUGUAGCUAGCUAACAUCAAUGCUUAUUUUACCUCUCAAAAUAAAUCUUGAAACUAACCAAACUGAAUUGUUAACAGUGGCAGCAUGCUAGCAUACUACUAAUGCUAGAAAAGAGUUAUAAGCUCAAAAAUUUUAAGUUUAUUUUAAAAAUCUGUGAUGUACUUGGAGCAUAGAGUGAGGAUGAAAAAACACGGUGAUACCACUGGAGGUACAGAGAUUUAUGGACCAUAUCAAAUCUGUAAAUAAUCCUCAACAUCAGAGGACACACAGAUGAACUAGUGAGGAUGAAAGGAUUUGGAUGGGUCAGAUAGUCCUGUGAGAUGCACUUAUGUCUUACUUUUGGUCUUUUAAUCAGAUUUAUUGAUUAAUAGAAUCAUGCCAGCAAUACCCUUUAAAACAAGACACUGCUUAUUCAUUACAACCUGUUAAACGUUGUGUAGGUGAGAACAUCUUUCUAUAAAUGCUUUAAAUGGUUUGUUUUUCAUGUGAAAAGCUUGUCAUGCAUUGCACAUCCACUCACUGUCUAUGUGUGGUUAAGCAAAAGUGUCAGUACUUUUUGUGAUGUCAGUUCAGUGGGAUUUGGUUUAUGUUUGUCAGUAUUAAAUGGUAAAGAUAUUUUAAUGCUUGUGCACUUGUGCUUCCCAUUCCCAAAAUACUCCUCCCAACAGAUUGUUUAAAGGUGACAUAUUAUGCUCUUUUUCAUCAAAAUAUAUUGGUCUAAGAGGUCCCCAAAACAUGUCUUUAAAGUAUAUUCUCCUAAGUUUCUUGCUAGCACCAGGUUAGCACACGUGUGUAGGGAAUGAAAAACCGUUACAGACCGGAACACAUUGUGACGUACGACAUUCACGAAAAUUGGAUCGGCUCGUUUCAGCACACAUUCACAGAAAGGUGGAGAAAUCAAUACAGGAGCAGAAUGGAUUUUUUUCAUUUUCGGGGGGUUUGUAGACAUGCUAGUGACACAUAUUUCAGGCAGAGAACCAUUAAAAAGUUGUUCAAUACAUGUUAAAACUGAUGUUUGUUCAGGGUCCAGCUAACUUUGCAUUUCAAUGGCACUUUGCUCUAAAUUAGUUGAGAUAUCAAGCUUAUGCAAAUCAGAAAUUUGUAUUCCUUGCAAACAUCACAUUGUUCACACUGUUGAGUUAGAUCUGUAUAGAAAGGAUCAACUUGUUGAGUUAUAGUGAGUCAUAUAGUAAAAGUGAUAAAGUGGCGUAAAAACAGUUUAUGAUGAAAAAUCCUGCUUCGUAAUGUCUGCACUGGUCCUGUGUUUCUGUGAAACAAAAUAUUAAAGAAAACUUGGUUUAUUA